UGUAAGACGAAGGUCUAUCCCGAUGAGCUCCCAAACACAAGCAUAGUCAUAGUAUUUCAUAAUGAAGCCUGGAGCACACUACUACGAACAGUCCACAGCGCCAUCAACCGGUCUCCUCACCAUCUUUUAUCGGAAGUUAUUUUGGUGGACGAUGCAAGUGAAAGAGAUUUCCUGAAAGCUCCUCUGGAAAACUAUAUCCGUCAUCUUGAGGUUCCAGUAAAAAUCCUGAGGAUGGAGCAGAGGUCAGGGCUGAUCCGGGCACGUCUUAGAGGUGCCAAUAUUGCACGAGGCCAAGUGAUAACCUUCCUAGAUGCUCACUGUGAAUGUACAAUUGGAUGGUUGGAGCCAUUGCUUGCAAGAAUAAAGGAAGACCGGAAAACGGUAGUUUGUCCAAUAAUCGAUGUAAUAAGUGAUGACACGUUUGAGUACAUGGCUGGUUCAGACAUGACUUAUGGUGGAUUUAAUUGGAAAUUGAAUUUUCGCUGGUAUCCUGUUCCCCAGAGAGAAAUGGACAGAAGGAAAGGAGACAGAACAUUACCAGUAAGAACACCUACAAUGGCAGGAGGCCUUUUCUCCAUUGACAAGAAUUAUUUUGAAGAGCUUGGCACGUAUGAUUCGGGAAUGGAUAUCUGGGGUGGAGAGAAUCUGGAGAUGUCUUUCAGAAUCUGGCAGUGUGGUGGAUCGCUUGAAAUUGUAACAUGCUCACAUGUGGGACACGUCUUUCGAAAGGCCACUCCCUACACCUUCCCCGGAGGGACAGGUCAUGUGAUCAAUAAGAACAACAGAAGACUAGCGGAAGUCUGGAUGGAUGAAUUCAAAGAUUUCUUCUAUAUUAUUUCACCAGGUAAGUGUCUUGCAUUUAAAAGAGAAAGUGUAAAGAAUUUCUAA